UUUACUUAGGUAGUUGUAGUGCAUGUCAGAGGUGAUCAGAUAUGGCUUCUCUCUGGAUAAAGACACAGUUGUAGCCUUGGUGUAUUUUCCGAGCUAACAAACAUUCCUCAUUGUGAUAUUAAUCACUUUGAAUGUUGAAAGCAACACAUACGUGCUGAGUCCUGACAGAGGUUUGUCUACAUUUAGUCACAGUACGAGAACCUGAUUUUGUUCAUGACAAAUUCUUCAAUGCCGUUUACUUUAAAUUGAGGUUAUCAAGCUACAAAUGAAUUAAUUUAAUCAUUAAGUGAUGUGUAGCAUAAGGGAUUUCAUUUGUUUACACAAUUCUUUGAAUAAAACCAAUUUAUUCAUUCACUGGCAUGAUGUUGUAUCACUUUUAUGUGCCAUGGUCAAAACUUAAUAUAUUCAUGCCAUAUUUACUCCAAUAUUGUUUAUAAAUCAGCUGGUAUAAACCAAUAGACAGGAUUCUUCAGUGUUGAUGAACUAAAAAGCCUUUCAUUGUGUUCCUACUCCGUGAAGAGGGCCAUGUGCUCGCUUGUUUACAAGUUGGUAGUGCAAUUUUGAUACGGCGCCAGAUAAAUGGUUUAUAGGGCUGCAUUCAAAGCUGCAGAUUGUUAGCUAACAACGAUGCAACCCAUCAUAAAAAUCUCAAUUGGACUGAAUUAGUUUAUUAUGAUGCCAUUAAUUUGAUAUAAUAUUAAAGCUCAUAUUAGCUGUGGCUUGAGCACUGCCUGAAAUGAUGACUCAGUGGAGUGGAUAAGUGUUAUGAGCGUACUCACAACAGAACUCAAUAUGGUUGGAGGCAGUGAGUGUGCAUGACAUUGUCUUCCAGUCCUGAUUUGUUUUCCCUUCCCGGCUGUUGGACUGCAGAAAAAACUUUCCAGAGAAGAUGGUUCCAGGAGGGAGCCGUCGUCUUCCCAAAAUCACAAGAUGGACAAGCUUUUCCGAUGUUACAGUAUAGCUUGAAAGUAUUUAAGGGACAACCUGUAUUCAUUCAUCAAAGAGUGAGUCUGAUCAUAGCCAUGAAGUGCUCCUCUUUGGAAAUCUUAAUCUCUAGGUUUACAGUAGCAUUAUGAGAGGGAGGUAGCUCUGUGUGUGCAGGAGGGUUGACUUUAUCACGCAGUGGUUUGGCCCAUUGGAUGGAGCAGACUAAUAGGAUGUAGUAUCAAUGACCAAGUGUUGUGCAAUGUGGAACAUCAAAUUGGUGCCAUCUCAAUUUGCCGAUCCAGCAGAACUACCUCUUAAUGAACUUGGCGCUCCAGGAUCAUUGGGAGUGCCGCAUCUGGAAUGUACGCUCUGUUCUGGCCUCCCUAAAUCCAACUGGCAACUGGGCAGCCCUCACCUCUGCCUCUAGCAUCCGCAUGACUGUUGUUAUGAUGCGCUAGAGGGCCAGGAUCGCUUUGGGCCCCAGGAUUAUGCUCAAAUUGACGUGGUGAAAUAAAACAUCUCGCUGUCUAGUCAUUGGAACAAAGCAAUAUAAAAGUGUUUAACAAUGCCCACUGGGCCAGGCACAAGUUAAACUGUGUCACACAAGGAAAGUGAUACAAAUAUCACCAAGAAGGAUUUAAAUUGAUAUGCAUUGACUGUGAAACUCCAGUUCUGAUGGAAAGUGGACAUGGAAAUCUUCUGCUAGUGGAAGAUCUGAGCAAAGAACAGUAGAUUUUCAGAUGUUGACACAUUAUCGUCUUUGAUAAUGAUGGUUACCAAUUGCUUGAUUAGACAUUAAGUAGACAUGAAGCCAUGGUUGUGGUCACCCAAUUCACUUUUAAGUCCAGAAUGUAGAUUUGAUUGGGCACCACCAACUCCUGAGUAAAAUAGCUGCCAAAGGCUCCACUCUAUUUAACAGCUAGUUGCUAGCUUUGUAUCUCUUCAGUUUAAUGAUGGGAAGGUAGUAUACAGUUGGGUUGUCUAAGGUUUGUGUUGCUGAAAAAGGUGUUGAGAGUUUGGUUUGAGGGUUGAAACCAAACCAAAAACAUUCCAACCUAAACAUUGAGGUCGCGUGCCAUAAAACCAAAACAAUGAUCUGAAAGACCCUUAAAUGCUCUGCAAUGCUGAAGGUGAUUUUCACAUGACUUUAUUAAAAACACAGCUGUUAUAAAGAGGUUUCAUAUUGACUUCUCAUCUCAUUCGUUGUAAAACCGCAUCAUUUCUGAUAAUUGUUAACCUAAAAGCAAAGUCUGAGUAGGGACCCUCAGAGCAGGCUCUUCUGUAGAUCAAUGACCUAUAAUGGCACUCCAAAGAAAAUAUAAUCGAUGAUAGAUGAAGUGAUGCGUCUGGUGGUGAAAUGGAAGCUAUCAACUGAGAAAGACAGACCAGAGGUUACAUCCGGUGUUAUACAUUCAUACUUUGUAUAGUCCCUUGAGACAUCCUUUGGUGAUGACUGAUGAUGUAAAGAUCAACAUCUGCAGUGCUACAUUAGGAUUCAUUUCUCUGCCUACAAAUACAGUAACGUUGCUCCAGCACACAUACUCUGCAGCAGCAAUGAGUGUUUAUCCGCGAACAGUGUUUAACCAAGGAUUUUUUCUUCCCUGCGCUCCCUACCAGCUGUUGGUCAUAGGUUCAGCCUUGAGUCAGAUGCUCCAGCUCCCUAGGUUAUUUCAGUUACUCUAGACACCACCGGUGUUUAGCUGUGAGUGCCGAAACACAGGCUGACCUUCCCUCACUCUGCAGCGGUAAACAAAGAGAUCGGGUGGGGGUGAAGAUGAUGUUGCCUGUGGUCACAGAUAGAGAGCGCCAUCGUGACAGCACCCAUGCUCUCUAUAGCUUUUAUCUACCUCCGCUUUUUAUAGACAGAGACCCUUCAUGUGACUCUUCCUGGUGUGCUCGGAGCAUGUGAAAGGCAAAGAGGCUGUCUCUGAGGAAACAGGCAGCCUCACAACAAAUAGCACCUCAGGGACCAGAAGAAUCGCCUGAGUAUGCAAAGUUAUUUGGAGUGAGAGUAAGAAAGGCAAGCUGUAGGGCCGAGCCAGGCGACGGCUUAAUGUUUAUACACUGGAGGAAGUAAUUAUGGAGCACAGUUUGAAGUUGAUGUACAAUAUGCUCUGCAAGAUUAGGAGUGAGGGAAUGGGGGAUGGCAGAGAGCUGGAAAGAGAGGGAGAGGGAAGCAGACGGAGGUGAUCUGUCAUGCUUCUCCUCCCUGUAAAUCAGACGUCCAUAUUUAGCUGGAGAGAGGGAAGGCCCAGCGGUAAUGUAAACAAAGCCUGGGAGAGAGAGGCAGGGAGUAGCACAUCAACACAUAAUGUUUGAGUUUUUACCCCGGCACGGCAGUCAGCGUGGUCCUUAGGCUGAGACACAAAAGGGACUUUAGUUGAUAGGUUUCAUCUAAAAAUAAAAGCUCUAACAGAGACACCGUUGUUUUGGCUUUUUGCGUGCUCUUUUGGGAUUUUCAAAGGAAUCAUGAGCAAGCCUAGGUUUAGUUCAAAGAUGAGUGAGCGUGAAUUGGACCAGAGGCACUAGCUUUUCCUGGAUUUGAAAAGCAAGAACUUUUUCUGUAGGCCAUGUCACAAAUAAGUCCUGUUAACAUUUUUUGAGGAACCAGAAAUAAAAAACAACAGAGUGCACUUCGAACUAAAGUCACCUCAGGCAGAACAAGCACUGUGACUGACUUCCUGACAGCUAACCAUCCUCGUUUCACCAUGAGCGAGAUGCGCUCGGAGAGCUCUGAAGAGGAGCAGAUCGAAAUGGAGGAGAGGCAUCAAGACCGUAGGUUGACCAGGCUGCCCAUCAUUCAGCUUAUGCCUCGGUCCAAAGCAGGCUCCCCGGGAGGGUCCCCAAAGAUCUCACCCAAGGAUUCUCCACGUGGGUCGCCCAGAAACUCCCCGCUGCUGUUCAGGAAGCUGCUGAUGAACCGCAGCAUCAACCUCCAGAGGCGCCGCUUCACUUUGGCCCACACGCCCAGUUUUGAUGUGGAGAAUGGGUUGUCUGUGGGGCGUAGCCCUCUGGACCCCCAGGCCAGCCCCAGCUCCGGUCUGGUCUUACAGGCCAACUUUCCUCACAGCCAGCGACGGGAAUCUUUCCUCUACCGCUCAGACUCUGACUUUGACCUUUCACCCAAAGGUCCUUCCAGAAACUCCUCCACUGCCAGUGACCUGGAAGAAAGCUUGAAGCACUGGGAAGUCAACUGGUUGUCAUCUCGACAUACAGAAGACAUGAUUGUCACACCAUUUGCACAGGUCCUCGCCAGCCUGAGGACAGUCCGAGGUAACUUUGCCGUCAUAACUGGCCAGCAAGAUCGUACAGCAAGCAAGACACGAUCCUCAGGCAACAAUCCACCAUCCAUGUGCAAGACCAGCCUCGCAGAGGAGCCGCACCAGCAGCUGGCCAUAGAGACUCUGGAUGAGCUGGACUGGUGUCUGGAACAACUUGAGACGCUGAAAACUCGACACUCUGUCAGUGAGAUGGCUUCCAACAAGUUCAAGAGGAUGCUGAACCGAGAGCUCACCCAGCUGUCAGAAACCAGCCGUUCAGGGAACCAGGUGUCUGAGUUCAUCUCAAGCACCUUCCUCGAGAAGCAACAUGACAUGGACAUCAUGUCACCGCCGGCCAAGGAGAAGGACAAGAAGAAGCGGCCCAUGUCUCAGAUCAGCGGUGUGAAGAAGGCCACCCACAGCCCCAGCCUCGCCCCCUCCACCAUCCCUCGAUUUGGGGUCAACGCGAGCCAGGAAGGACUCCUAGCCAAGGAGCUGGAGGACAUAAACAGAUGGGGUAUCGACAUCUUCAAGGUCUCUGAGUAUUCUGGGAAACGCCCUCUCACGGUCACCAUGUACAGCGUCUUCCAGGAGCGUGACCUGCUGAAGUCCUUUAAAAUUCCUGCAGACACCUUCAUUACUUUCAUGAUGACUUUGGAAGAUCAUUACCAUUCAGACACGGCCUACCACAACAACAUCCAUGCUGCAGACGUGGUCCAGUCCACGCACGUCUUAUUGUCAACGCCUGCUCUGGAGGCUGUGUUUACUGAUCUGGAGAUCCUCGCCGCUCUGUUUGCAAGCGGCAUCCAUGAUGUGGAUCACCCUGGAGUUUCCAAUCAGUUUCUCAUCAACACCAACUCAGAGCUGGCCUUGAUGUACAAUGACUCCUCGGUGCUGGAAAAUCACCACCUGGCUGUAGGCUUCAAGCUUCUGCAGGAAGAUAAUUGUGAUAUCUUUCAGAACCUGAGCAAAAAGCAGAGGCAGUCGCUGCGCAAAAUGGUCAUUGAUAUGGUGCUGGCUACAGAUAUGUCUAAACACAUGAACCUACUGGCAGACCUGAAAACCAUGGUUGAGACCAAGAAAGUCACCAGUCUAGGAGUCCUACUGCUGGACAACUACUCAGACCGCAUACAGGUCCUUCAGAACAUGGUGCACUGUGCAGACCUGAGCAACCCCACCAAGCCACUCGAGCUGUACCGGCAGUGGACAGAUCGCAUCAUGGUGGAGUUUUUCACCCAGGGAGACAGGGAGAGAGAUAAGGGCAUGGAGAUCAGCCCCAUGUGUGACAAACACAACGCCUCAAUAGAAAAGAACCAGGUGGGUUUCAUUGACUACAUUGUGCAUCCUCUGUGGGAGACGUGGGCCGACCUUGUGCACCCAGAUGCUCAGGAGAUCCUGGACACACUGGAGGAUAACAGAGAGUGGUACCAGAGCAUGAUCCCCCACAGCCCCUCCCCCCACCCAGAGGGCCCUGAGGAGGGAGCCCACACCGGGGAAGCCUCAGCACUCGGUGGGGGCGGCGGCUCUAUUUCGGCCGAUAAGUUCCAGUUUGAGCUGACCUUGGAAGAGGAGGGAGAGUCUGACAACGAGAGUCUGCCCGAGCAAGAGGAGAGGUACAGCAGCAGUCGGGGGGCCGAACUCUCCAGAAGCGAUUCUGGCAGCGGAUUGGAUUCAGUUUCUUCUACGACUCGCCUGCUCACCAGAAAGCUCACCACUGAUUCAGUCAGAACGUUUUCAUUAGACUCUGAUAAAGAAAUGGCAGAAGAAAGAGAAACAGAGAAGGAAGGUGUCUCUGGAGUCCCACGCUUCAGACUAGGGACAUAGCAACCGCCUAAAGUUAUAUUUCUUUUGGCCUUUUUGUUUAUGUUAGUGAUCUCGGUGCCUCCUCUUGACUCCCUUUCUCCCACUCCAACCAAACACCACCACCUUUGGUUCCUGCGAACAGGAUAAUAGCAAACCUCUGGUGGGGAGUAAGUAAGUGCGGGUGGAUGUGGGGGGUGUUAGAAAUGCUGCAGUUUUACCCAGCAGUCACUUGCACUGGAGAGAGACAGAUGGACGUUUGAAUUGAGGACAGGAAACCAAGUUUCUGAACUGUCCUCUAUGUAUUGUGGACUGUGGACGAAGUUCUACAGCGAGGAUGAGAAGUUUAAAAACUAAAACUUCCCUUUUACCAGCCAACCCAAGGUCUACUUCAACAAGGACAGAACUGUCUUCCUCUUUGUGAAGAAAGUGAGGAAGUGAUGAAUGAGCGUGAAAAUACCUUUUAAGACAUCUUGCCAAACCUUACAGGGUUUUUCCCUGCCUUCUUAGUUCUUAUUUUGUUUAUUUUGUUGUCUUUUAUUUAGGUCCAUUGAAUUGCAUUCAAUGAAAGUACAGUAAAUAGCAGACUUCAAAGUAGUGUAGACAAAGUAAUGGCAGAAAAGAGCUAUGCAUGGUUUUAUGCAGUCAUUUUAAAUGUAGCAAACAUUUUUAGUGCCACUCUCACUAUUAUUGUAUACGUAGCACUUAUUUCAGCUUGCACAGCCUAUUUAAUUAUGUUCAGUAAACAGUAGUUUGCUAUAAAUGGCUGGCAGUAAAUCAUAUUUUGAAGUUUUUUAGGUUUUCAGGCUCACUAUUUCCAUUUUUAUAAACCUAAACUAUGAUAUUGUCAGUGACAAUAAUGAGCCGGGGUCAGCGUGGUGUUAUUCAGUCAGGAAUUCAAUCCAGCUAUGUAGGCUGUGCAUGUAGUGCCUCCCAGUGUUGACAUGUGGAAUUAAAGCUCUGGCAUUGGAGGAAAAUGAUGAAACUUUGCAUAGGCCUAUAUUCGAAACCCAUUGAACUGUAGUGACUACCCCAAAUAUCAGUAAUGUUUCAGUUUUGUUGCUAUUUUGACAGAUUUUCUUUUAUUUCAAUCCACUAAUUCUUGCGUUCUUAAUAUUUGGCACCCGUUUUAAUAGGUUUCCCUUCAAGUUGAGCACUUUACAGUUGGGGUUGAAGCAAAACAUGAACAGAUUGAAGGCUGUUGACUUAAAAACAGCUAUGCAAGGGCUGCAAAGCUACCAGCGGAGACAUCACGCAAAAACUAAACGCUACGGUACACCUACAAACUGUGUCAAACCAUCCAUACAAAUCCAUUAUGGUCACUACAUACUUGUCACAAAGCAUCCAAGCACAAGGGUUGCAAAGACAGACGUCAGCAUCAUUGUAACUGUAGAAAACAAACAAAGCAGGAUGGAUGUGCCAGAAUUUUUUUCUUCUUUUUUUUUCUCAUUGAUCAAUAUUUUGCUCUUCACAGGGACAUAGUCAAUGACAAACAAGUGCCAAGCAAGCAUGACACAACCCGUACUGUAAUUUCCAUUUUGCCACUGGCUACUUUCCAUCCAUGACUGAUAAAGUUGGUUGAUUGUAGCACACUGUGUGCCAAUCUGACCCGAGCGUCUCUGUUACAUUUUAUUUUUUAACUCCAGUUCUAACGGUAACUGAAACUGAUAAUGUCUUAAUACAGUGUUUUGUUUUAUUGUGUGCGAGUGAAUGACUGGGUUGACUUUUUUGAUGUAUUUGCUAAGAAUAAACCAAAGCACUUUGUAUGGUACUUUUACAGUUCUGCACUUCCAGUAAAGUUUAACAUGUAUAGUGACUGUUUCACUGUUCUUCUGAUGGCUAAUGGACUGGUGGUUGAGUUGAAUUGCACGGGCUGCACCACUACAGCUCUUAAAGGUCGGAUGUCGCAGGGACUGAAGUAGUUUUUUUGUUCUUUUUAUAAUUGACUGUAUGAAAAAAAGAGGCGUUCUGUUGAAAUGCACGACGUUGGCUGCAGGAUUUAAAGAAGAAUAUAGAGAUCUUACAGAACUUGACCUGUGGAGAAACUUGUUUUAUUUUAUAACCAUAAAACAGAGUGAAAAAUGUUUUGUUUGAAUGUGUGAACGAGCUGAACGCCUUACCUUCAAACUUGGGAUUUUUUUUUUCUUCUGGUUAUAGAUCUGUUCACUUACAUGCUGGAGUAAAACAUGUGCAAUCCUUUCUGUAGCCAUAAACAUCACCAAACAGACAAACACUCAAGGAUGCCUUCGACACUAAGGACUAUCUAACAACAGCUCAACCAGCACAACAUGCCAGGAUUCAUUCUGUCUCUGCAUGUCACUAAUUGUUUGAUUUUGUACAUUUUCCUCACAGUUCUUCAUGUACAGUUUAUUUAUUAUUUCUGUAUUACCUGUCAGAAACGAUGGAAUGGUUGUCUUUUUUUAGUCUGAGGUUUAGUACUUAUGUGUGAGAAGGUCACACAGGACAGAUGUCGACUAUAACUCAGCUUUUUUUGUUCUUCUCUUUUUAUUUCUUUAUGUCUGAGAAUAACAUUAUACAUAAGCAAAAAUGUUCACCUUCAUGUUUUUCUUGGUAUAAAAAUAGCUUAGUGACAGAUUUCUGAAACAUCUCUCAUCUCCUGUCUUCCUUUGUUUCAAACAUCUGAUCACAUAUUCAUUAAUGAUCUUACAGUAAGUGUGCUGAUCUGAGACUUCUUUGAUAUAUAGUGAAGAUAAUAGAGUCAUACGGCCUCAAGUCCUCCUAGAUCAGUUUUUCUGUUCUUAGAGAUUUUAUAAAUAUUGUUCAUGAAGACUUUGCAGCUUUGACAAUCCAAACUCUGCUGUUUAACUGUGGGUGUGUUAGCCCUCUCUCCAACUAGAACUGUAUGCCAAUAAAGGAAAAAACUAUUCACUC